UUGUCCUGGUUUCUCCAGUCCGCCAUUAAAAUUCCUCCUUAAAAGACCUUCCAUGGCUAAACAACUCGACCGGAUCAAGGGCCCAUGGAGUCCCGAAGAGGACGAAGCGCUUCAGAGAUUGGUUCAGAAACACGGCCCUCGCAACUGGUCCUUGAUUAGUAAGUCCAUUCCUGGCCGUUCUGGCAAGUCCUGCCGCCUCCGAUGGUGCAAUCAGCUCUCCCCGCAGGUCGAGCACCGACCGUUCACGCUCGAGGAAGACGAGACGAUCAUUAACGCUCAAGCUCUGUACGGAAAUAAGUGGGCGGCCAUCGCUAGACUCCUCUCUGGUCGGACCGAUAACGCCAUUAAAAACCACUGGAACUCGACCUUGAAACGUAAGUGCUCAUCCAUGGCUGACGAAAGCGGCGGUUGUUACACAAGCUCACCGCCGUUGAAGCGGUCUGUUUCUGCAGGUCACAGUCCGUCUGGAUCCGAUGUUAGCGAUUCUGGAUUCUUCCCCGCGGUUUCGUCCCCGCACGUUUACCGACCGGUAGCUAGAACUGGAGGCGUUGUACCUCCAGUCGAAACGGUGUCGUCUUCGAACGAUGAUCCAGAAACAUUAUUGUCGUUGUCGCUUCCCGGUGCGGAGUCGUCUGAGAGAGGCAUUUGGAUGCUGCCGGCAACAGGUGAGAAAGAGGAAAGAAGUAGUAAUAGAUUGGAAUGUUUUAGCCCGGAAUUAAUGGCGGUGAUGCAAGAGAUGAUUAGAAAGGAGGUGAGAAAUUACAUGGAUGGAUUAAUGGAACAGAACGUUAGCGGUGGAGUUUGUUUCCAGGAGGCCGCCGCCGCCGGUGGAUUUAGAAACGUCGUCGGAUUGAUCGACUGAGAAAGUUAAUUGUAAUUAAAGAAAAAGAUUAGUAGUAGAGGAGAAGAUGGUAAUAAUGGAGGCAAUAAUCAGCGUUUUGUUUGUUUAUUUUUUUUUUGUUGAUGUAGUCUGUGAAUCCAAGAAAGGGUGUUUGGAUGCCGAGAAAAUUUGGGGGAUUUUGAAGGAUUCCGAGAAAAAGAAGAAGAAGAUGAUGAUGAUGGAUCGAUGACAGAGUUUCAAAAACCAUUUGGGAUC